GAUGGAGAGUACUCUGACGAGUACUUGCGGAUUGGUCUGGAGGCUUCGUGCUCGCGGGGUCCGGGACACCACGUCUGCGACUUUAGCCUGGUUCUUCUGGCUAAUCGCCAAGCGGCCUGAUAUUAAGAAGAAGAUCGAGGCGGAGAUAGCGAAGGUGAAGAAGGGCAAGUGGCUGAGUCUUGAUGAGGUGAGGGAGAUGGGUUACAUGCACGCGGUGCUGUCGGAGACGCUGAGGCUGUAUCCGGCGAUACCGCUCGAAGGGCGCACGUGCGCGGAGGACGACACGCUGCCGAACGGGAUGAAGGUGAGGAAGGGGGAGUGGCUUAUGUACAACUCGUAUGCGAUGGGGAGGAUGGAGGAGAUUUGGGGGAGUGAUUGGAAGGAGUUCAGGCCGGAGAGGUGGAUGAAUGGUACUAACGGAGAGUUCCAGCAAAAGAGCCCGUUCGAGUACCCGGUGUUCAACGCAGGGCCAAGGACAUGCCUGGGGAAGGAGAUGGCGUAUAUCCAGAUGAAGGUGGUGGCCGCGGGCAUGCUAGAGAGGUUUGAGAUCAACUUGAUGGAUGAAGAGGAGGAGAAAUUGCCGGAGAUGUCAAUUAUUAUGAAGAUGAAGGGAGGACUCAACGUGAUCGUGAGGGAGAAGAAGUACGUGGCUGCAAAUUGAGUUUUAUUUGAUCUAUAUGUCGACGUACGUGCGUGUUGAUCGAGUGAAGAUUUUAAGCUGUUUGGCGUAUCAUUAGUGCAUUAAUGAACGUAAACUAUCUAUGAAGGUCAGGCUUCGUCAGUUGCCAUGAUCUGGGUGGUUUUCUUUUUUUAGUGGUGCGUGGUAGUAUUUUCUGAAGUAUAAACGCAGGAGUUACGUAUAAUUUGCUUGUGUUGCCAGUUGCCUUAGAUCGGUUUGAAUAGCGGGAUAUGAAAAUUGAGUUUC